AUGGAACAACCGGACCUCUCAUCCGUGGCUAUCAGUAAGCCGCUGCUGAAGUUGAAACUUCUCGACGCCCUGCGCCAGGGCAGUUUCCCUAACUUGAAAGAUCUCCUACAAAAGCAAUUCCAGCCACUAGACGACCCAAACGUCCAACAAGUGCUCCAUCUCAUGCUGCACUACGCCGUACAAGUCGCCCCCAUGGCGACAAUAAGGGAUAUCGUCCACCACUGGGUCGCGACAGAUCCUACUUUCUUGAACGUCCAUCUCGAUCUAAACGAACAAGACCCUAAUGGCAACACUCCACUGCACAUCGCCGCCUACCAGUCUCGCGGUGACAUCGUGGCUUUCCUCCUAGACCAGCCCACCAUCAACGACUGCGUGCUCAAUAACUCCCACUUGCAGGCCAUCGAGAUGUGCAAGAACCUAAACAUCGCGCAGAUGAUGCAGGUGAAGCGCUCCACCUACGUCGCAGAGACGGCCCAGGAGUUCAGGACAGCCUUCAACAACAGAGACUUCGGUCACCUAGAGUCCAUUCUCUCCAGCCCUCGAAACGCAGAACUGCUCGACAUCAAUGGCAUGGACCCAGAAACCGGCGACACCGUCCUGCACGAAUUCGUCAAGAAAAGAGACGUCAUCAUGUGCCGUUGGUUGCUCGAACACGGCGCCGACCCGUUCAAGAGAGAUCGCAAGGGCAAACUGCCCAUCGACCUCGUCAGGAAAGUCAACGAAAACGACACCGCCACCAACACCAAGAUCGCUAUCGACAUCGAACUAAGAAAACUGCUGGAAAGGGCCACCAGGGAACAAAGCGUCAUUGACGUCACAAACAACAACUUGCACGAGGCCCCCACUUACAAGGGCUACUUGAAAAAAUGGACCAAUUUCGCUCAAGGAUACAAGUUGCGUUGGUUCAUCCUCAGUAGCGAUGGCAAACUGUCGUACUACAUCGAUCAGGCUGACACCAAGAACGCCUGUAGAGGCUCACUAAACAUGUCUUCGUGCUCCUUGCAUUUGGAUUCGUCUGAAAAGUUGAAAUUCGAAAUCAUCGGCGGUAACAACGGUGUUAUUAGGUGGCAUUUGAAGGGGAAUCAUCCUAUCGAGACAAACAGAUGGGUUUGGGCCAUCCAGGGAGCCAUAAGAUACGCAAAGGACAGAGAAAUUUUGCUACACAAUGGCACCUAUUCUCCCUCGUUGGCAUUGAGCCAUGGCUUGUCGCCCAAGGUGCCCAAUCCAGAAAACUUGCAUGCAACCCCAAAACGUUUGACCAAGAGCCCGCAUCUCUCCAAAUCCACACUGACACAAAACACUGAGAACGAUGAUGAUGAUGACGAUAAUAAUAAUGACAAGAAUAUUAGUAACAACAACAACAAUAAUAAUAAUAAUAACAAAGAUGAUGAUGAUAGAGACAAUGAUGACAAAUCUCUCGUCGACCCAUUGCCCUUGAUUUCAUCUAGAAGCCAAAGCUUAAGCGAUAUCAAUUCCGGUCCGCAUUCCAGAAAGUCCACAGUUUCAUUUGCAGGGGUUGAUUUACCAUUGGAUGAUGAGCGCUAUUCGGACGAUGAUUCUGACGACGACGGAAACUCUUCCUUUACGGUAGAAAACGAUGGCGAUGAGGAUUUAAACGCCAUAUACGGACCGUACCUCCAAAAACUACAUAUGCUACAAAGAUCUAUUUCAAUCGAGUUGGCAUCAUUGAACGAACUCCUGCAAGAUAAACAACAGCAUGACGAAUAUUGGAACACAGUUAACACGUCUAUCGGAACCGUCAGCGAGUUUUUCGACAAACUAAAUCGUUUAACCUCUCAAAGGGAAAAAAGAAUGAUUGCACAGAUGACCAAACAACGCGAUGUCAAUAACGUCUGGAUUCAAUCAGUGAAAGAUCUGGAAAUGGAAUUGGUCGAUAAAGAUGAAAAAUUGGUUGCUUUGGAUAAAGAACGCAAAAACUUGAAAAAAAUGCUGCAAAAAAAACUGAACAGUCAACCCCAACUCGAAAUCGAGUCCAAUGAAGAUUCUGGCGAUGAUAAUUCAAUGAUGAAGGGGUCUCAAGAAUCAACAAAUACCCUUGAAGAAAUUGUAAAAUUCAUUGAAGCCACAAAGGAAAGUGACGAAGAUUCAGACGCUGACGAAUUCUUCGACGCAGAAGAAGCUGCUUCUGACGAAAAGGCAAUAGAAUCGGAAAACCUGCCCACAAAUGAGAGAACUAAGACAAAUGAAACACCACAAGAUGAAGCGGCAGAAGCCGAAAGCCUCAUUGUAAUCAGUUCUCCACAAGUAGAAAAGAAAAACCAACUUUUGAAAGAGGGGUCAUAUGUUGGAUAUGAAGAUCCAAUGAGAAUCAAGCUGGCUUUGGAUGAAGACAACCGUCCCAAGAUUGGUCUUUGGUCUGUUUUAAAAUCUAUGGUUGGCCAAGAUCUGACCAAACUAACUCUGCCAGUAUCGUUCAAUGAACCAACAUCCCUAUUACAAAGGGUUUCCGAAGAUAUCGAAUAUUCUCAUAUCCUUGACCAAGCUGCCACUUUUGAAGACUCAUCUUUAAGAACGCUAUAUGUAGCUGCCUUCACUGCAUCAAUGUACGCAUCUACAACGAAUAGGGUUUCUAAACCAUUUAAUCCCUUGCUCGGAGAAACUUUUGAAUAUGCCAGGACUGAUGGCCAAUAUCGAUUUUUCACCGAACAAGUUUCCCACCAUCCACCUAUAUCUGCUACUUGGACAGAAUCCCCCAAAUGGGAUUUCUACGGUGAGUGUAAUGUUGAUUCAUCAUUCAAUGGACGUACGUUUGCCGUACAGCAUUUAGGAUUGUGGUAUAUUACUAUUCGUCCUGAUCAUAAUAGCAAUAUUCCCGAGGAAACUUACUCCUGGAAAAAACCAAACAAUACUGUUAUUGGUAUUUUGAUGGGAAAACCACAAGUUGACAACAGUGGGGACGUCAAAGUUACAAAUCAUACCACAGGUGACUAUUGUAUGUUGCAUUACAAGGCCCACGGUUGGACCUCGGCCGGUGCAUAUGAAGUCAGAGGUGAAGUAUUCAAUAGCAAUGGUGAAAAAGUAUGGGUUCUUGGUGGACAUUGGAAUGAUUCCAUCUACGGGAAAAAAGUGACUGCUAGAGGUGGGGAGUUGACUUUGGACAGAAUAAAAACGGCAAAUUCUGCUAUGGGAGGACCAAAGUUAGAUGGUUCUAAAUUUUUAAUUUGGAAAGCGAAUGAAAGACCUUCUGUGCCAUUUAAUUUAACAUCAUUUGCAUUAACCUUAAAUGCUUUGCCUCCCCACUUGUUGCCAUAUUUGGCACCCACAGAUAGUCGUUUGAGGCCUGAUCAAAGAGCUAUGGAAAAUGGUGAGUACGAUAAGGCUGCAGAGGAAAAGCACCGUGUAGAAGUGAAGCAAAGGACUGCAAAAAAGGAACGUGAACAAAGAGGAGAAGAAUACAGGCCUAGAUGGUUUGUCCAAGAAGAACACCCGAUCACCAAGAGUUUAUAUUGGAAAUAUAAUGGUGAGUACUGGAUGAAGAGAAAGAACCAUGAUUUCGGGGAUUGUGUUGAUAUCUUCUAA